UUGCUCUUGACAGCGCUUCAGGCCGAGUUUUUGCGUGUUAUUUUAGCAGGCUAUAUGGUCCUUAAGAUGGUUUCACUUUCAUUUUGAGUGUUACAGCUCUAUAAUAUCCGAACAUCGUGCCUAUUGUCAGUCGUUCGUGUGGCUGAAGUUCGAAGCGCAGUAACAUGGAUUUAUGUUCAAUUUUGACAUUCGUUAGAAAUUUAAUUAAUGGCAUAUACGGUUGUGUUUACCGAGUGGUUGUAUGGAUAAUACAAGCAGUGAAGAAGACUUGGCAGUAUUUUCAGCAAGUGGUUGUAUGGAUAAUACAAGCAGUGAAGAAGACUUGGCAGUAUUUUCAGUCUGAUUUACAGGGAUGGAUAUACUUUAUUCUCAAGAUAGUCGGAUGGUCAAAAGGGCCCAGAUUCCACAUUAUGGCCAUUGGGAAUGAUAUGAAUUGUCACAAGAACAUUUUGAGUCAUCUGGGUAUCAGUCCCAAAAACAAAGGGAUCUCUGGGGAUCAGAGUGAUGUAAUUAUCGCUUUUGUCCCGAUUGUGUCUCGAGCUGGAACGGACAUUCAAGCCGCUCUUCAGAAGAUACCAGAAAACCGGCCUGUUGUUUUCAUGGUGCUCCAUCACACGUAUGAUCCGGAUUAUGUUGCUCCAGUAAGCAGCCGAACAAUUCACAGGAGCAAUGUAUUCUCAGUGGACUUGCUCUUUCAUGAAGACCAGGGAGUGCUGAAAUGCAAAAGUAACACAGAGGCACUGGAUAAAGCAAAAUAUUAUUUACAAAACAUAAAGGUGAAUUACAAUCAUAAAUUGCAGUGCUAGGAUGGUUUUAUGCUGGAAAUGAAUGUUUACACCUUGAUGCUUUAUUGCCCUGAAUCUGAUUACACCGCUGUAGCUCUCAAUGUCUAGACACAACUUUUUCCUGGAAAUUGAGAUAUGAUUUGUGCAGAUCAUUAAUAGCACAGAUACAUAAUUUAACUGUUUGUCUUUCAGCUUAAGACAUACUCAUGUUGUACCUUACACUGUAUAUCACAGUCAUCCUUGCAGCAAAAUUAUUUUAAUUUGUCAUAUGUACAGAUAAUAAAUAUCUCCUUACAAAAACAUUUCUAAAGCAACUGUGCUAGAAAAUUAAUCAACACCAGUCAGAAUUAAGCAUUGAACCUCACUGUAUUACAAGAUGAUUAAAAGCAUGAUUAUGGCUGAAGGUUUGUGGACGUCUAUAUGUUCCUUUUGAACAUUAUCUUCAUUUUAUAUGAAACUUCUAUAAUAAACUUUUCUGGAAGGCUUUCCACUAGCUGUUGGAGCGUGGGUGUGGAGGUUGUGUUUAUUUGUUCAUUCAGCUACAAGAGCAUUAGUGAGAUCAGACUCUGAUGUUGGGAUGUUGAGGAGACUCUAGUUCCAGUUCAUCCUAAAGGUGUUCAUUGGGGUUGAGUCAGACUCAGGGGUCUGUGCAGGAUACUCCAACCUUCACCUCCACACCAUGUCUUCAUGAAGCUCUGUGUUUUGGGCAAAGGGGCAUUGUCAUGCUGGAACAGUGUGUGACCACAGUGAAGGGAAACUCAAUAAUGCUUUCUGUACACUUGUGUGCUUCUGAAUUUGUGGCAACAAUUUUUGAGAAGAAUACUUUAUACUUUAAAGCAUAUUUUGUAUUUUUGUAUGAAUGUGAUCCAACUAAAGAAAUCAUAUUUAGCUUUAGAUUGUACUGCUGUCUAAUAAUAGCAAUUUAAUGUUGAUAUUUUUUUGUGUUUAGAGACAAAAUAUUAAAAAUAGUGACAAUUUUAUUCUACACACACACACACACACACACACACCAAAAUAUUAUUUAAAUAUUAUAUUAAUAUUAUUUAAGAAGUUUAUGUGGUUUAGAAGAGAGUUAUUUUCCAGAAU